AUGGAUCCACUGACGAUCCUAGGAACCGUUGCUGGCCUGACUAGGACCUGCGUUGGCGUUGCGCAGUCACUAAACAACGUCCGCAUCAAAUACGUCCAGGCCAGCGCCACUCUUUCAGCGGUGUCGGCCGAAUGCACCAUCCUCUCCACUGCGCUAUGUCAACUUGGGCAGAUCAUCCAGCGCGAUCCCGCAGGCUUCGCGUUACGUCUGGGUGCAGAUGAUGGCCAGCAAGCUGUGCCGCUAGACACGGCGCUGCAGAGCGCACUCGAAGGCUGUGCUCUGACUUUGGCCGCGCUCGACGCAACGGUGAAGAAGUAUGAUGCUAAAAGAACAUCAGGCCUGUUGCCGUGGAAAUCUAAAGCCAAGUAUAUAUGGAAUGAAGAAGAGAUUAAAGACCUUCUGCAGACUGUGCGGGGACUGCAUCAGGCGCUUGGGUUUCUGUUGACGGUUUUGCAAACAAACUCCAUGUCGGACGUGAAGCAGAUGCUGCACGACAAUAUGGCUGUUAUUCAGACUAUAGUCCGUCGAUCUAAUACGAUAAGGCAGUCGUACGCAGCGAGCACAAUCAGCGGCACGGGCACGGAAUUCGCUUUCGACGACCAGGUCGUGAACUCUAGCGCUUACAGGAGAGCGUUUCAGUCUUUUGUAAAGCGGAGUGAUGCCGAUUCCAACAGGGAUGUUAUAAGCAAGAACACCAUGAAGAUUAGCCAUGAGCACAGAUUAGACCCAGAAGCGGAGAGAAGCUCCUCCAUCGAAGACGUCACCGAUGAGACGCUGGUCAACUCUGAUACUGCAGCGGCUCCGUCACUAUUAUCUGAAGCUGGUUCAACAGCCACUCCUCCUCCUCUGGAAAGAACCAAGAUAGACAGCGAACCAGCUCAGCGGAUACCACGGAAGCCGGUGCAGAAGACGCCCAUCACUCAAGCUCAAUUGGGGUUCAACAAGCUAUUGCUUGGUGCCGUGGAAAGUGGGGACACGAUGCUAGUCAAGAGCUUUCUCGACAAAGGCGCCGACAUCGAAACUGCUAACGAAGAAGGGAAGCGACCACUACACCUAGCCGCCCUCAAAGGGCACUCCAAAGUGGUCCAGUAUCUGUUGCAGAACGGAGCCGACAGAGAGUCAACGUGCAACAUCGGGGACAAUGCGCUGCACUUGGCUUCGUCAAGGGGCGACUCUGUGUCAGUGUCCUCUCUGCUGGAUGGAGGAGCCCAAGUCAAUUCUCAUGGGCAAAACCAGUUCACAGCUCUUCAUUUCGCUGCAAAGGGAGGCCACUUGGGUAUCGUCCGGAUGCUGCUGGCACAUGGAGCUGAUGUAGAAGCUCUGGCCAAUCUCGAUGAACGGCCACUGCACACAGCCGCAGAGAACAGGCAGAGCAAUGUCGUGGCAGAGUUGAUCUCAAAAGGCAAGGCCAACCUCGAAGCUCAGAACAAAAACGACAACCGGCCGCUGAACAUGGCAGCCAUCGGUGGCGAUCUGAACACCGUGAAAGUCUUGGUCAAUGCGGGUGCAAACAUAGAAGGAAUUGGUUGUAUUGGAUGGCGGCCACUUCAUCACAGCGCAGGGAACAACCACCCUUUGAUCGCCUCGUAUCUGCUCGAGAAAGGUGCGGACAUUGCAGCUCGUGCCGCGAAUGGAGACAGCCCGCUUCACAGUGCGGCCCUGAACGGCUGCGCGGCAGCCAUGGAGUUGCUACUCAAGAACGGUGCGAGCAUUGAAGCAGCGAAUGAUGCCGCCGGAGAAACUCCACUCCACAUCGCUGCGAACUGCGGGCACAAGGCAGCAGUGGAGUUGUUGCUGAACGCAGGGGCCGACAUCGAAGGCCGAACCAAGUAUGGUAACCGACCACUAAAUUUAGCGGCCUUUGGAGGAAGAACGGCGGCAAUAGAAGCACUCAUCAAGCAUGGCGCGGAUAUUGGGGGCAGUGGCUGCAUUGGCUGGUAUCCGCUCCAUCAUGCCGCCGGAAAUGGACGUUUACAAGCUUUGAGGACCUUGUUAAAGCAUGGCGCGGACAAGGAAGCAGAAUCGAACGACGCAACUCGUCCGCUUCACGUUGCUGCUAAGCUUGGCUGUGCCAACACGCUCGAGGAGCUAAUCAAGUGUGGAGCUAGCAUUGAGGCAACGGACAGCAAAGGCUGGCAGCCAAUCCAUCAUGCCGCUGCGAAUGGUGUUCUAAAGUCAUUGCAGCUCCUCCUCCAACAUGGAGCAGACAAGGAUGCGCAGUCUGAUGAUGGAAGCCGUCCUCUUCACAUUGCCGCAGAGAAAGGUCACACUUCCAUUCUUGAGGCACUUAUCUCUGCCGGAGCGGAGUUGCAUUGUGAAGGACCACAGGGAUACCAGCCUCACCACUACGCCGCUGGACAGCGUCAGCAGUCCGCCCUAUCUCUUCUCCUAAGCAAAGGUGCAGAUUGCAACGCCGUGACCGCUACUGGAGACCUUCCAUUACAUAUCGCAGCACAAAACGACUGCGUCGACAACCUACGUCUGCUUUUAAAAGCCGGCGCUGGCCAAGACAUGCCCAACACCCACUCGAACCGCGCAAUAAACCUCGCCGCGUUAAGCGGCAGUCUUGCUAGCGUGAAAGCGCUUGUGGGAGCAGGCGCCGAUAUCAACACGGCCGGCUGCGUCGGCUGGCGCCCUCUCCACCACGCGGCUGGCAACAACCGCAUGAACGUCCUGGAGUUCUUACUAGAACAGGGCGCGGACGUACACGCUGAAGCCCACAACCGUGACACCGCGCUUCACGUGGCUGCGAGUUACGGGUUCUUGAACGUUGCCAAGAGGCUUUUGGAUGCGGGGGCGAGCGUCGACGCCGUCCAGGGCGAUGGGUGGGGUCCGUUGCAUUGCGCUGCUCAGAAAGGCAGUAUCCCGAUCGUGGAGCUGCUGUUGGAGAAUGGAGCGGCUAAGCUUGCAGAGGAUAGUAACGGACGAACGCCCUUGGAGAUUGCCGUCUCGAACGGGCAGACAGCUGUUGUGGAUUUGUUAACUGUGUGA